AUGUUCUCGACAUGUUUGAAGACUUCUCGAGUUUUCGAAGUCUUCGGAGUCUCUUCGAGACACGGUGGGCUGUGCGAGCUCCAGGCCCUGGAUUGGUUGGGCGUGCCACUCCUGCACCUGGUUGUGACACACUCUCUCUGCGAGCCCCCGCUCGUGGAGCCCGGCUUAGUGACACCAAUCCUUUGGGGGAAGCCUCCUGAUUUGUUCAUGGCCCGUGGAGUCUUAGUUUGCAAUGCAUCUGCCCAGUGGACAGUGCAUGCCGAUGUCUAUGACCUUGAUGGGAAUGCUGUGGAGACCGAAGACUGGCAAGCACAGAUCAUCGUCAACGGCUUUGAUGGACAAUUCAAGAGCAGGGAGCCACCUUUGGGAUGUCCUGGCGUGGGCCACGGCCACGUGCAAUUCCUGGAAUGA